AUGUCUGUUGUUGAACCAGUCCUUGAAAAGACUGCUGAUGCAGACGCUGCCGAGAUUUCUUCCCCUGAAAGUCGAAGUGAGAGUCUGACUCCUUCUUCUACUUCCAGUGCUAUCAGCAGUAGUGCUAACAGUGUUUCCACUGCUGCGACUUCUGAUGCCGAUUCUUCAGAGUCGGUAAAGAAAGCUGUCAAAUCUUCAUCGACGUCAUCGACGUCUUCGACCUCCUCGACCUCCUCUUCCUCUUCCAAUGCCUCUACCCCUAUGGCUUCCUCUUCUUCUUCCUCUUCUCACAAAUCUAAGAAGAAGAAAGCUCGAACUAUCAAUCACGCUACCGGUAUUUCUACUACCGUUCCAUUAGUUGGUGUUCGUAUCAGACCAACGGCUCAUAGUUCAUUGAACGAUAAAGUUCUCAUGGCUAUCUUUGAGAUCUUACAUGAUGAUGAUUCUGAUUGUAAAGGUAUGACAGUUAAGCAUAUUUGUGAUAUUCUCAUCAAGAAACACCCUGAAAUGGCCAACCUGUCCUCGAAAACAUCCAAUCUGGUUUCUGCCAAGUUGAACGCUUACGUUAAGAGGAUCGAGAAGGGUGAUAAGAGUAUGAAAUAUGCUCUUUCUCGUGUCUGGGCAAACACUUCUCCUAGAAGAAUGGUUUACGUCUAUCGUGGUGUUCUUGCUGAAGGUUAUCCCGAGUAUGUUCAACUUGCGAUUGAUAAACUGCGUUCCGAGGAGGCCAUUAGAGCUGCGAUUGAGGACUCUGAAUCGCCUGCUCGGUCUCCUAAGUCUUCUCCCUUCGAUGCAGGUGAUAGAAACCCUCCUUUGGCUCCAGGAAUUGGCGUCUCGGGCUAUCCACAGGUGGUUUCACCUUCUGGUCUGCAAUUGAAACGUCAAUCUCCUUUCAAAGACACUUCCUUCCGCCUACCCCAGUUUUCUGUGCCUUAUUCUUCCGCUCCCGUUACUGCUUCUCUCAAUACGACUAAUGUUCCUGAACUUGGCAGACCCUCUGUCAGUGAUUAUCAUACUAUCAAUAGCUGGCUGACUCUGGCUAACAACAACUCGUCCGACUCUGAGAAUGAUGAUGAUGAUGAUGAUAAUAAUAGCAACGAUGAAGCGAACGAUACUUUGGAUUCUGUUGUUGGUUUCAACCCAUCGUAUCGGCGCAGUUUGUCUGGCGUGCCUCCUUCUACCUUGGAUAAACGUUCGAAGUCGAUGAGUUUUAUCCAAUCAAAAAGACCCAAAACUUCCCAUAUAACAGCUGCUGCUGCCACACCUAGAAUCCCCAGAAAGCAGUCAAUUGCAGGCUCUCCCAGUGCAGCCGCUGCCGUUGCAGCUUUGCGUGCGUCCGCCUUGAACAAUUUUGGAAGUCCAGUGGAAUCCGUUAAUUCCAUUACUAGUUCCAUUAUGAGCGAUACUUCAGUGGAACCAUCGAUUAGUAUGAAGUGGUUGGAGACCGUUAGAUCUGGCUUUUUGAAUCAAGAUAUUGAGAGUCCAGAGGAUGUCUCAUUGGCAGAAUUGGAUGGUAUGUUUGCUUGA